UAAAAUUAAAUUUCUUUCCUACAUCUUAACUAAUGCAGCAUUCUGUUUUUCUGUUUUAUGUAAAACUAUUUCAAAAAUUUUUGCCAACAAAGAGGAACAGAAGAAUGAAGCAAAUAAACAAGGAUGUUCGGUCCUCAAUUCGAGGUAUUAUUGAUAAAAGAUUGAAGGCAAUGGAAGCAGGGGAGGCUGACAAUAAGGAUCUUUUAGGCAUAUCGCUUGAAUCAAAUUUUAAAGAAAUUGAACAGCAUGGGAACAAGAAGUUUGGAAUGACCAUUGAAGAAGUCAUUGAAGAAUGCAAGCUAUUCUAUUUUGCUGGCGCAGAAACAACAUCAGUACUACUCGUAUGGACUCUGAUGUUGUUGAGCAAAUAUCAAGACUGGCAGGCACGGGCCAGAGAAGAAGUCUUGCAAGUGUUUGAGAGUCGUAAACCAGAUUUUGAUGGAUUGAAUCGUCUAAAAGUUGAUAGUGCAGUACUCCACCUGUAGAAAAUAGUGUAACAACAAAAUUGAAAAGAGCUUGGCGAGUAGCCCCAUAAUUUCAGGAUAAGGGUCGCCUCCUCACAGAAAAAGGUCGCAGCGAUCAGGCCCAGAAGACUGUUUACCAAAAAACACAGGUCUUGGCAGAGUCAUAAAACCAUGUAUAUAUGGGACGUCUUCCCACUCUUGAAGGUCAAAGAAGUUAGUGACCUGAUGAUAAGGGAGUAGGCGACCAAAUCCCCGGUGAACAGUGUCCAUAAGCCCGUAACUGCAAUAUUAAAUUUUACAUGUCUCAUUCAUUCUAGAUAUAAUUGAAGGAGGAGCAUUUUUAUGGCAGGUCAGGAUGAUCUUGUACGAAUCAUUAUGACUGUAUCCCCCAGGAACAUCAUAUAUCCGGCGGGCUAAUAAAGACAUUGUUUUGGGAGACCUGUCUAUACCAGCUGAUGUACAAAUCUCUUUGCCAGUGCUCUUAUUGCAUCGUGAUAAAGAGAUAUGGGGUGAAGAUGCAAGAAUGUUCAAUCCAGAGAGAUUUAAAGAAGGAAUAUCAAGUGCAACAAAGGGUCAAGUCACAUAUCUUCCAUUUUCUUGGGGACCUAGAAUAUGCAUUGGACAAAAUUUUGCCAUGUUAGAGGCAAAGAUGGCUUUGUCUAUGAUCCUACAAAGCUUCUCUUUCCAACUGUCUCCAUCAUACACACAUGCUCCUCAAUCCAUAAUAACCUUGCAGCCUCAGUUUGGUUGCCCACUUAUUUUCCACAAACUAUAAUUUGGUAUCUUGUAAGGUGUCUUUAAUUGUAAUUUGUAGUUUAGUUUAUUCAGGACUCAAAUCAGGGCGGAGUUAUAAUAUUAAAUAGGGUGCUGAUCAACUCAGUAACUUCUUGCUUGAACCUUGGUAUUUGUAUCAGGAAACCCAUUAACUUUGUAUGUCUUUUAAUGCAGUUUACUAUUCGUUGCAA